AUACAUAAAGUGCAGAACAAAGAGGAGACCGAAGAAAAUAUAGCCAACGGUGACGCUGUUGGAGACAAUGCUAUCAAUGCGGCCAACAAUAGAAUAUCUGUUGAGAAACGUAACGAAUCUGAAGUGAGUCAACACAAGAGUCAAACAGAUGUCUGUCACCACCCGUUGGCUGAUCUCACGAUUGCUGGCGAAGCGACUCAAGUGCUGAGACAGGCUUUUCAUUCAUUUCUUAGUACAGUUUCUGAGUUAAUGCCACUUUUGCCGAUGGGAUCACCACUUCAGCAAAUAGCAGUUCGCUGUUUUUGUCUUCAAUUCAAUGGUGAAGACCAUUCAUUUCUACACCAGUGUCACGUAUUUUCUAAUAUCAGUAAAAUUUUUGGUCGAAAUGAUGAGGAACAGAGUCCGACAAUUUUGGAUGAAUCGCAUCAAUCAAUGUUUAUACAUCCGGCUCUUGAAUCCUAUCAGGAUUUGACGUCUCAGAUGGAGAUCAAGGCUUCAUCCCGUCAGGCAAUGAUUGCCAGUUUGAAUGAUAACUCAACCGAAACAUUCUGGGAGUCGGGAGAUGAGGACAGGAAUAAAGCAAAAGUCAUAACAAUUAUUAAUAAUAACGACUUAAUGGAUGUGGCGAUCAAAUCGAUUUAUAUACACAUUGACAACGUUAGGGAUUUGGGGGCAAAGAUAUCUCAGGUGUCAUUCAAAUCGGGCGAUUCCAAUGCAUCCGAACCACAGAUGAUUAAACUCAAAGUGACAGAAGUGGACAAUCGGUUUGCCGGUUGGCUGUAUUGUGUUAUACCAUACAUGGAAUCGCGUUUAAAAUGUAUUCGCAUUGAACUCAAAGGACCCGACAAUACAUUGCGUUUGAGACAAAUCAAGAUUCUCGGCGCGAGUGUCGACAUAUCGCAAGAGAGACUCAAACCACCGAUAAGUUAUAUUCAGAUACAACAAACCAAUUGCGAAACGGAAACACUUAAAGUGUUUCGUUUGCUUACAUCUCAGGUUUUCGGUAAACUCAUCACUGGUGAGGCAGAUUUGGACAGCGCUAAGAAUGAAUCUAAUAUUGGUUCGGGAGAACAGAUCGCCGAAAAUGGAAUCAAUGGUGCGGCUAAUGAUUUACGGGAGCAUAUGGUCGGCAUAUUAUUUAGUCAAUCGGGAAAAUUAACUCAUCUCCAGAAACAGCCGUACUCGAGAACCGUUGGUCGGGUCCACGAAUCAUAUUUUCCUUUUCGUUGUGUCCGAUCUGUAAGAGCCCUAUAG